CAUACAUCUUGCGACAGCCUAUACGAGGGGAGGCAUCAUGGCGACUCCAAAUGGGAAGAAGCGUGGUCUCGAACAUUUGGACGAAUAUGAACCAAAAGCAGCUAAACACCUCCGCAGCCUCCACGACCGUAUGGCCGAAAGGAGACUGGUUGUUAUUCUGGAGGGAGCGUCGUUAGAAACAGUGAAGGUUGGAAAAACCUUUGAGCUGUUAAAUUGUGACCAACACAAAAAUAUGAUCGUCAAAAGUGGAAGAAAUCCUGGAAAUAUAAGGCCAGAUAUCACACAUCAGUGUCUGCUCAUGCUAAUGGACAGUCCACUGAACAGGGCAGGCCUGUUGCAGGUUUACAUCCACACAGAAAAAAACGCCUUAAUAGAGAUCAACCCACAGACCCGCAUCCCAAGAACCUUCACUCGCUUCUGCGGCCUUAUGGUUCAGCUGCUGCACAAGCUGAGUGUCAGGGCUGCUGAUGGUCCUCAGAAGCUUCUGAGGAUGAUUAAAAACCCAGUGUCUGACCACCUGCCUCCUGGCUGCCCCCGCAUUGCCACCUCCUUCUCCUCUGGAGAGGCUGUCUGUCCCCGGACUUUGGUGCCAGAGGGACCAGCUGCAGUGGUGAUUGGAGCAUUUGCACAUGGCGCGGUGAAUGUGGACUACACAGAGAAGACUGUGUCCAUCAGCAACUACCCCCUCUCAGGAGCACUGACCUGUGCUAAGAUUUGCUCUGCCUUUGAGGAAGUGUGGGGUGUCCUGUGACAAACAGUCAAUGACCUACUGCUGCUGACCAGGCAGAGACAGUAGAGCACAUGGACAUUUUUUAAUGGACUAGGAAUGGAUAUAACAGAAACGUCGGGCCAAAUGUCCAUUUCAGCAGUGAUGCCACGUGGACUAAAGACAUGCAUCCUGUUACACACUGUAUGUGUAUACUUGCAUAAUGGUGUCUGGAAUAUGAUGUGGAAUACAUUGGUUUGUGUACCCAGUGUUCCAUUUUUGGCUGUAUUUUCUAUCAUUAUCAAUCGCACCAAUUACUAAGUUUUGGAUUAUCUGUAAGAUUAAAAUAUAUGAUCAAA